AUGGCCUCGAUCAAGGAUAAGCAAACCAAACACAUUAAAACCUUCUUCUUCUCUUACACAAAUGAGUCCAUCGCCCUCCAAACCCAAAAGAAAGCACCACCCCCGCCCCCCGCAGAAUCUACGCCCCACCGUUUCCUCGGAGUCCGUCGACGACCCUGGGGUCGAUAUGCCGCCGAGAUCAGAGAUCCUUCCACCAAAGAGCGUCAUUGGCUCGGCACCUUCGACACCGCCGAGGACGCCGCCAUUGCCUACGACCGUGCUGCCCGCUCCCUCCGCGGCUCCCUCGCUCGCACCAACUUCCUCUACUCCGACUCUCCGCCCCCUCCUCCCCCACUCUACUCUGCCUCCAUUCACCACCCCAAUCAGCCUCCUCUGUUUUCUUCCUCUGCUUCCACCCACUCCUCCCUCUCUUCUCCACCAAUUCCCCCCGCCGGAGACUCCCUUUCCGGAAUCAUCUCCGGCGAUUACGACGCCAGCGCUGAGCUUCCGCCAUUUCUCCCGGCGAUUUCCUCGGAAUCGGUGGAUUGUGAUUAUAAUAAUUACGGUGUGAUGGAAUCGCAGAACGUUGGAUUUGAAUGCUUUGAUCAAUCAUCAAUUGGAAUCGGGUCGUGUUUGGGAUUUGAUUCGAGCAGUGAUUAUAUAUAUAAUCCGAUGUUGGGUUCGAUGCCGACGGUUUCCGACGUCGGCGCCGGUGAUUUUGAGUCCCCGGCGGGUAAUUUCUAUUUGCCUCAGUCUUCAGAUUACUGA